AUGUGCAUCCUCCUGUCGUAUUCGCCACUUUAUGUUUAUUUGUCUCUCUCUGUGCGUUUGUGUGUUUUCUUUGGGAUGGCGUCCCGGCGUCCCUGGUGGCUGUUUGCGCCGUCUUUUGGGCGUUGUUUUGUGUUGAUUCCCUUCUUUCCCGCUCCACUGUUGUGUUGUUUUAUGUGUGGAUGUUUUAGAAGUGAAGUGUCAUGGAGAGGCCGGGUUUUUUUGGCGUGCAAGCGGCUGUACUGCUCAUUACUUGCAGUUGUUUUGUUGUUGGAACUGCCUCGCAGGAGAAUCCUUUUGCGGUGUCCGCAACGCCUUACGUCCGUGUGUCGUAUAAAAUUGAGCGGGGAUUUUUUGAGGCGCAUUGGUAUGUUGCCUUUCUACUGCUGCUUGUCUCCUUUGCCAUUUUGGUGCUGGGAGUGUGGUUUAUUAUUUACAUACAUUUUGCCGAACCGGGGCAGUUGA